AUGGCGGAGGAGAAGACGGCGUAUGAGCUUGAGCGAGAACGCCGGAUCGAGGCGAACAAGCAAAAAAUUGCGGAGCUCGGCAUCCACGAUUCGGUCGCGGCCGUGCAGCAGCUCGCCGACGCCAGGCCCACGCGGCCGAAGCGUGCCCGUGCGGCGCCGUCGGAGCCCGUGGACCCGCAAGAUAUUCGGCGGUCCGCGCGGCCGCGCAGUGAGGUCAACUACAAGGUUGACCUGCCCAUCAGGGGUGAGGGUGGCGCCGCACGCGACCCGAUUGACUACACUGAGAAGAUCAAGCAGCUGCAGCUUGACUCGAACGCCGCCGAGAAGCUGCGCGCCGAGCUGGAGGCCAAGCGCGCGACCGAGGGGGAGACGAAGGCGCGAAAGGCCGCGGCCAGCAAGGCGACGCGCGGGCCCAAGGACUCGGGCAAGGGCGUGCGCGUGCAGGGCGGCCGCGUCUACGACUCAAAGUUUGGCGUCACCUGCCAUUGCCACAAGUGCCUCAAGAACCGCCACGGCGAGGACGCCGAGGCGGCCGCCGAGAGCGCCGCGUGGGUGUGCCCCGCCUGCCGCGGCUCCUGCGGCCCCGGCUGCGUCAUAUGCUGCAACUGCGGCCCUUGCCGCAAGAAGGCCAGCCUCGAGCCAACCGCCCAGAUCGUGUUCCUGGCGCGCAGCGCCGGCUUCUCAAACGUCCACGAUUACUUGGUGCACCUGGUCACUGGGGAGAAGGAGGAGGACAUCGCCGCCCGCAAGGCCAAGGCGUCCUGGGGCGGCUGGCUGCGCGGCGAGGGCAACGGGUGCGAGCCCGACGCGCAGGCAGCGGAGGCCGAGGCCGGUGCGGAGGAAGAGGAGGGCGAGGGGCCGCAGCGGAAGAAGCCGGCCAGGGGCCGCAAGGCCAGCGGCGCAGGGCGCGGUGGCAAGGGCGCCGCGGCCUCGGAGACUGGGGCUGAACAGGAAGCCGAGGCGGCAGCGCCCGAAGCGCUGGCCCCGGCCGCAGGGGCGGCGGGCAAGGGCGCGGCGCGGCGCAAGACGGGCGGCAGCGGGGGCGCGCGGGGGCGCAAGGCGGCGGCGGCUCCGGCGGCCGAGGCUGACGCGGCGGCGGAGGCGGCGGCGGCGGCGGCCUCCCAGGAGGAUGUGGCCGCGCCGGCGGCGCCUGACCAGGACUGCCAGAAGCUGUCCAGGAAGGCGCGCAUGAUGCAGCGCAUGGGGCUUGCGCCACGCGCGGAGAGCGAGGCGGCCCCGGCGUGA